AUGGACGUGGACGUGGACGUGGACGUGGACGUGGACAUGGGCGUUGACGUGGACAUGGACAUGGACGUGGACGUGGACAUGGACGUGGACGUGGACAUGGACAUGGACGUGGACAUGGACGUGGACAUGGACGUGGACAUGGACGUGGACGUGGACGUGGACGUGGACAUGGACGUGGACGUGGACGUGGACGUGGACAUGGACGUGGACGUGGACGUGGACAUUGACGUGGACGUGGACGUGGACCUGGACGUAGACGUGGACGUGGACAUGGAGGUGGACGUGGACGUGGAGGACUUAGACGUGGACAUGGACGUGGACGUGGACGUGGACAUGGACGUGGACAUGGACAUGGACGUGGACAUGGACGUGGACGUGGACGUGGACAUCGACGUGGACGUGGACGUGGGCGUGGACGUGGACAUAGACAUGGACGUGGACAUGGACGUGGACGUGGUCAUGGACGUGGACGUGGACGUGGACGAGGACAUGGACGUGGACGUGGAUGUGGAGGAGCUGGACGUGGACAUGGACGUGGACAUGGACGUGGACGUGGACGUGGACAUGGAGGUGGACGUGGACGUGGACGUGGACGUGGACGUGAACAUGGACGUGGACAUGGACGUGGAUGUGGACAUGGACGUGGACAUGGACGUGGACAUGGACGUGGACAUGGACGUGGACGUGGACGUGGACAUGGACGUGGACAUGGACGUGGACAUGGACGUGGAUGUGGACAUGGACGUGGACGUGGACGUGGACAUGGACGUGGACGUGGACGUGGACGUGGAUGUGGACGUGGACAUGGACGUGGACGUGGAUGUGGACAUGGACCUGGACAUGGACGUGGACAUGGACGUGGACAUGGACGUGGACGUGGAAAUGGACGUGGAUAUGGACGUGGACGUGGACAUGGACGUGGACGUGGACGUGGACGUGGACGACGUGGACGUGGACGUGGAGGACGUGGACGUGGACGUGGACGUGGAGGACGUAGACGUGGACGUGGACGAGGUUGUGGACGUGGAGGACUUGGACGUGGACAUGGACGUGAACGUGGACGUGGACGUGGACAUGGUCGUGGACGUGGACGUGGACGUUGAUGUGGACAUGGACGUGGACGUGGACAUGGACGUGGACAUGGACGUGGACAUGGACGUGGACGUGGACGUGGACGUGGACGUGAACAUGGACGUGGACGUGGACAUGGACGUGGACGUGGACGUGGACAUGGACGUGGACGUGGACGUGGACGUGGACAUGGACGUGGACGUGGACGUGGACAUGGACGUGGACGUGGACAUAGACGUGGACGUGGACGUCCACGUGGACAUAGACGUGGACAUGGACGUGGACGUGGACGUGGACGUGGACAUCGACGUGGACGUGGACGUGGGCGUGGACGUGGACAUGGAGUUGGACGUGGACGUGGACAUGGACGUGGACGUGGACGUGGACGUGGACAUGGACGUGAACAUGGACAUGGACAUGGACCUGGACGUGGACGUGGACGUGGACGUGGACAUGGACAUGGACGUGGACGUGGACGUGGUCGUGGAAGUGGACGUGGACAUGGAUGUGGUCGUGGUCGUGGACGUAGACGUGGUCGUGGACGUAGACGUGGACGUGGAGGACGUGGACGUGGACGUGGAGGACGUGGACGUGGACGUGGACGAGGUUGUGGACGUGGAGGACUUGGACGUGGACAUGGACGUGGACGUGGACGUGGACGUGGACAUGGUCGUGGAUGUGGACGUGGACGUUGAUAUGGUCGUGGACGUGGACGUGGACGUGGACGUGGACGUUGAGGACUUGGACGUGGACAUGGACGUGGACGUGGACGUGGACAUGGACCUGGAUGUGGACGUGGACGUGGACGUGGACGUGGACGUGGACAUGGACGUGGACGUGGACGUGGACAUGGACGUGGACAUGGACGUGGACGUGGACGUGGACAUGGAUGUGGACAUGGAUGUGGACGUGGACGUGGACGUGGACGUAGACAUGGACGUGGACAUGAACGUGGACAUGGACGUGGACGUGGACAUGGACGUGGACAUGGACGUGGACGUGGACGUGGACGUGGACAUGGACAUGGACGUGGACGUGGACGUGGACGUGGACCUGGACGUGGACGUGGACAUGGACGUGGACGUGGACGUGGACGUGGACGUGGACAUGGACGUGGACAUGGACGUGGACGUGGACGUGGAUGUGGACGUAGACGUGGACAUGGACAUGAACGUAGACGUGGACGUGGACGUGGACCUGGACGUGGUUGUGGACAUGGACGUGGACGUGGACAUGGACGUGGACAUGGACGUGGACAUGGACGUGGACGUGGACAUGGACGUGGACGUGGACGUGGACGUGGACGUGGACAUGGUCAUAGAUGUGGACGUGGACGUGGACGUGGACAUGGACGUGGAUGUCAACAUGGACGUGGACAUGGACGUGGACAUGGACGUGGACGUGGACGUGGACGUGGACAUGGACGUGGACGUGGACAUGGAUGUGGACGUGGACGUGGCAUAG